ACACCAUUACAUUAUGCAUGUGAAAAAGGUCAUUUUGAAGUAGUUAAAACUCUCACUAAUCAUCCACAAUGUAAUAUUGAAGCUGAAAACAGUUCUAAAUACAGACCACUGCACAAAGCAUGUUUUUCUGGGCAUAUUGACAUUGUACAUCAUCUUGUUUUUGAGAAACACUGUGACUUUAAUUCUAAAGGGAGGGAUGACAUGAUACGUUAUGCAGAUCGAAAGGGUUAUUCUGAAAUUGUUAAAAUCCUGACUAGUCAACUUGAUCUCUCCAGUGUUAUUGAAGUUGAAGGUAUUUUAAAUAGAAGGCAGCUUCGUAGUCAUGAAUUUAAAACUCAUCUUGACAUUCUCGAUUAUUUUAAACGUAAUAAUACUCUGGAGGUAACAACAGAUGAUUCAAAAAUUAAAAGGUUUCUUCUUAUUCAUCAAUCCAGUGGUAUAGCAUUAGUACAUGUUGUUAAGUGUAUAUUGACAGGUCCUCCUGGUGCUGGUAAGAGUACAUUAAAGAAGAGACUCCUCAAUCAGCCUCUUGGUACAGGUCCUUCUCUUAGUACUGGUGUAAUUGAUGCAGCUGUACAAGUUAAUUCAUUUCGUAAACUAUCACAGCACAAUGCAGUAGUGACUACAGAAUGGAAGGAACAAGAACUUGAUGAAGAAGCUGUACUGAUUACUAAGAAACUAUUACCAGCAAACAACACAUCAGAUGAAAGUACUGGUACACUUCAGCCUAUUCUGUCAUUAAAUGAGGAGACAGAAUCGCCAAAAGGAAUAGAACCACCACUCACUACUGAUCAAGAGGACAAUACAGGUGUUGCUGCAUCUUCACCAAUGUCAGUGCACAAUCAUGAGGUAAAUGAUCCAGGUUUCGAAAAAGAAAGCAUAAUCGUAAAUCAUCAAAACAUAGCCAGUACAACUCCAGAAAUAAUCAGUCAUGAAGAAAAAGAAAUCAGAACUGAUACUAAAGUACAAAAUAAUAGUAGGAGUGAAGGAUUGUCAAAUUACAUAUGGAAUUUGCCCAAUAAAAAAGUAGAAGGGUAUGAGAAAAAGUUUGAAGAAGCAAAAGAUGACAAUCACACAAUGUUGUACAUGAUUGAUACUGGAGGACAACCUGAGUUUCAUGAAAUGUUACCAGCUCUUAUAACUGGCCCAGCUAUCAAUCUACUGGUAUUCAAACUAACUAAAGAUUUAAGGAGCCGCUAUGAAAUAACCUAUCGAACAUCUACUGGUGAUUCUAAACCUUAUGAAACCUCGUUGACACAUGAAGAAGUGAUAUUCCGUUCACUAGCAAGCAUAGCUUGUUUAAGACAAAACACUAUUGGAUGGAGUUUUGAUGAAAAACAUGUACCUAUUGAAGAUAAGUCAGAACCUGCUGCCUUCCUUAUUGCUACACACAGAGACCAAGUGGAUGAGAAUAAAGUGAGUGAAGUCAACCAGCAACUGAGAACCAAGAUAGAAAACAGUUCUCACUUGUUUGACUCUGAUCUUAUACAGUUCUCUCAAUCAGAGCAAAUCAUUUUUCCACUUGAUGCAACAAAAGAUAAAGAAGAAGUAGAACACCUUCGUUCUUUCCUUCAUAAAGCUAUGUCUAAAAAUUUUCAGGAAUUGAGAAUACCAGCAUCUUGGUGUACCCUUAGUUUAAAAUUAAGAAAAAGUAAAAAAAAACUUUUCAAAUAUGAUACAUGCUUCAAGUUAGCCCAAGAGUGUGGUAUCAAGGAUAAAAAAGAGUUUAAAAAGGUAUUAUGGUAUUUACAUCACACAGUGGGUAUCAUCAUGCAUUAUCCUGAUGUAGCAGGUCUGAAGGAUGUUAUUAUCACGGACCUUCAAUUGGUGUUUGAUCGUAUCACUAAUCUCAUCACAACAUGCUUCACUUUUGAACAGUUAAAAAGUGCUGCUGUGGAGAGAGAGUUUCGUAAAAAUGGACGCUUUUCGGAGUUACAACUAGAUGAGAUUUCAUCAAGAGAGAAAGGUGAUCCUCUUAAUACAAAAAGACUAGUAGCACUACUGAAGCAUCUUUAUAUUGUAGCUGGUCCCAUGAAAGCUAAAGUUGAUAAAAAAACUGUCAAAUAUUACUUUAUGCCUUGUGCUCUAAAACCAGCAGGUGUAGAAAGAGAGGAGAGAGAUGGGUCAGUUAGUCCAGCUCCUUUAUUGAUAUGUUUUGAGUGUGGGUAUACUCCUGUUGGUGUAUUCUGUUGUCUAGUAGUAUAUCUUCUUGAUCAGAAGACAGACCAAGUAUUGGAAUGGAAGUUAACUGGUAAUGAUCAAUAUCGUAACAAGAUUACCUUUCAAGUUGGUCAAUACUAUGAUACUGUUACUUUAAUCAGUCGUGCUACUUAUCUUGAAGUGUGGGUUCAACAAAAAAUGAGUCCUUCACUCAAUGAUCUUUGUGAUAAAGUAUUAUCAUCAUUACACAAAGGACUAGUCACAGUGACACAAUCACUCCAUUACACUUACAAGUCAAAACAUAUGUUUGGAGUACCAUGUACAUGCACUGGAGUACCUCAUCCUGCUGUAAUAGAGUAUUUCUCAGAAGGAGCUCAGUGUACUAAUGGUAAUGUAAUGCAACUUGAUGAGAAACAUUUAUACUGGUCUAAAAUGGUUGUUCAAUUGAAUAGUAUAGUACAAAAUACAAGCAACAAAAUACCACUUCAAACUCAGUCUGAAUCCCAAAUUCCUAAAAUGUCUUUGUCCAAUGACAUUAUUAUGUACACAGAAAGCACACAGGAUUAUAGUAAAAGCUCCUCUUUACUAAAUAAAAGACCAAGAGAAGCACAAGAAGAUAUGUCUGCCAGCAAGAGAUUUCAGAUAGACUCUGAAGGUUCUCAUGACAGCACCAAAAGCACUUUUGAGGAACAGCAGUCCUCUGGUAGUGAUAUUUUUAAAAAUAAAAAUAGAGGAUGCAAGAGACAGAGAGAAGAAGACAGCUGUUCUGAAUCUGAGCCUACUGAAUUGAAAAAACCAUCCACUUUAAUGCAAAUCCCAGAAUACAGUAAAAGUUCAACUAGAAAUAAACCACAAAAAAUAGAAACUGGACAAUUCUCUGAUGAAGAUAGUAAAAGAAAACAAAAUGAACAUCAGGAUGGUUCAUCAACUAGCAAGAGAUCUAAAAUAUCUGGUAAUAAUGGAGCUACAGAAACAAGAACAACUAUUGAAAAGGAAAACUCUUUAUUUUGUGCAAUGUUGGACAAGGAGCCACAAAUAAAGGAUCUUGUUAGAUUAUUUCAAAGUUCUGCUGUUCAUUGUAUGAUUAUUGGGAUUGCACUGGGUGUUAAAGUCAAUGACCUGUUACCCAAUCCACAGUCAACUACUAAUAAUCUCAUACUAGUAUUCCAGAGAUGGUUAGACUCUGAUAAAAAUGUGACCUGGAGAAAUAUUCUGCAAGUUUGUGAAGAUUAUCCUGAUGAGCUUGGAAAAGCAAAAUCUAAUGUGAAAACAUUUCUUUCAUCGGAUAGAGCUAGGGAGUAUUUAAAAUAAUAUGCAUUGCAUAC